CCUUUAAGGUGUCCGCUCGCUCCGGCUGGCUGCCGGGCUCAGUGGACUCAGUCGGCCGGCAGAGCGCGUCCCUGCGCCUUGUACGGAAAGUGGGGAUGCCACCACGCAGAACACACUCCCCGUUUUCCGUGAAAGAGUGAAAAGGAAAAGCCUCGUUUAAAAAAAGAAAAAAAGAAAAAGAAAAACAGUGUCAAAAAGCUCAUGCACUGCGAGCUGCCUUGAACAGCACCCAGCACACAGGAGUCUCUCAGGAUGCUCUCCAACAAGCCGCACGCCGGACACAAAGUGGCAGCUGGCUGUUUGCUUUUCCUCUCCUUCUUUCACAUCAACCUUGCCACGGGCAGCUCAGGAAAAGGCUCACAGAGCCAAGAUGAUAUGCAUGUCAUCUAUAACAGUCAGCUGGACCUGCGGGAGAUAGUGUUUGUCAUCCAGAGCCAGAGCAACUCCUUCCACGUGAGACAGGCCGAACGGCGGCGAGCAGAUUUACUCGAGCAGGCACAAAGUCUCACAGAGAAACCACCUGUGGUAUUGCUCCUUCACAAUCUGUCAGACAAUGAGGGAGACUGGAGUAUCCUUCCUCUGCUGCCUUAUUUAUCUCAGUCCUUUGGGAAAAACUCAUCUUGGAUUGUAUUUCUUGAGGAGGAAACCAACGUGAAGAUGACUAAACUUGUUCAGGUCCUUGGAAAGUUUGACCAGAACAAAGAAUGGUUUCUUGGUAAGCCUCUCCACGAUGAAGAGUCAACCAUCAUCCAUCACUAUGCCUUUGCAGAAAAUCCCUCUGUCUUUAAAUAUCCAGACUUUUCUGCUGCUUGGGCCUUAAGCAUCCCGCUCGUUGUACGGCUUGCCAACAAGGUGAGAGAUGAGCCACUUAAAUCUGACUUCACCAUUGACCUGAAACAUGAGGUUGCAUUGUAUAUCUGGGAGAAUGGGAAAGGUCAACAUCUUACUGCUGUCCCGGAACUGUGCACCGAGCCAGACGACUCUCCUCAGGCCCAGCACUGUGCCACCACCCUCCGCAGUCUGCCUCCCCUGUGUGGGGAGCCCGUCAGUGCAGAUGAUGUAUUUGUUGCUGUGAAAACGUGUAAGAAGUUUCACAGUGAGAGAGUUCCAGUGGUAAAGAAGACUUGGGAGAAAGAUGCCUUAUUUUUAGAGUACUACAGCGACCAUGCCGAUCCUUCAAUACCAACCAUCAAUUUAGGUGUACCGAACACUGAAAGAGGCCACUGUGGGAAAACCUUUGCAAUACUAAAAAGAUUUCUUAGCGACGAUGUCCCGAAGACCAACUGGCUUCUCAUUGUGGAUGACGACACACUUAUCAGCCUCCCGAGACUGCAAGUCUUGCUGAGCUGUUAUGACCCCUUUGAACCAGUGUGUCUAGGAGAGAGGUACGGCUACGGCCUGAGCCAAGGCGGCUACAGCUACAUCACGGGAGGUGGAGGCAUGGUCUUCAGCAGGGAGGCAGUGGUCCGACUCCUUAAGAGCGGCUGUAAGUGCUAUAGUAAUGAUGCGCCGGAUGACAUGGUGUUGGGAAUGUGCCUCAACGCGCUUGGACUUCCUGUCACUCACAGCCCCCUCUUCCACCAGGCACGCCCAGAGGACUACGCCAGAGACUUCUUAGCUCACCAGGUGCCUGUAUCUUUCCAUAAACACUGGAACAUCGACCCCAUUGCUGUUUUCAACAAAUGGUUAAAGGAUGACUUGAGGACAACAACUGCAGGUGGACUUAAUAAGAGCACCAAGACAGAGUUGUAAUCUUUUAAGCACACAACCAGCCUGUGUGUGUGUGUGUGUGUGUGUAUGUGUGUGUGCGUGCGUGUGUUUGCGUGUGUGUGCGUGCAUAUUGUGGCAUCAUGGACAGAAAUAUUGUCAGGAUGUGUCCUUCAUUGGUGUAAAUGUUUUUGUAUUAAUUUGUGACUCUUGAGGAAUUAUUAAGAGGAGCCAUGCAAGCCUGUGUCCAUGACUUAGUAUUUGAGUACUUUCAUGACUGAGUUGAGUUCAUCGAGUUGCAUGUUGAGGUUGCCGUUUGUUGGAAAUAUGAAUAUGGUAUUCGUAUAUUUAUGUCACAUGGAUAAUCUAAGCCUUGUACAAUGUACAAAGAAGGAUCUCCAUUUUGGGCGG